CACGACCGACACAACCAACGUCACAAAGACCCUCACACAACGUUACCGUGACGACUUCCGUAGGAUUGGAUACCGUUUACUAUAUAUUAAUUGCUUUAAUAGCCUCAUGCUGUCUGCUUAUUAUCGGUCUUCUAGUCGAUUUGAUAUACCGCACAUAUCGUCGCAAUGAAGAACAAAAUAGGGAAAGCAAGGACGAAGAGAAUGAGAACGAAGGGAAAGAGAACGAAGAGAUUACUCCACUUAAGUCGGAAAGUUUUAAAGAGGACAGAGUCAUUUGGAAUCAUUUUGACGAAGCACAGCUAUGAGACAAUAUGGAACAUUCAUAACUGAUCGGAUUUUGGAAAAAGUGACUGUUUUUCGAGAUAUUUGAAAUUAUCUCUUGUGAUAUGGGUGAGAAGUUUGUCAUGCUUCAGUGACCGCCAUAGUGAACACUAUCCACGCGCGCACCUGUUCCUGUGGAGCUACAUGUAUAUGUAAUAUAUAUAUACGUACAGGUACGUGUUGCCCGAUUUCGUUGUUGACACUAUACUCGUCUUAUUAUUUACUGUUUGGACUGAAUAUUUUUGAAAAUGCCGCAAUCCAGGAACACUAGUACCAGUAAUAAAGCGAAAGCUGAUCGUAGAGCAAGUGAAGUGUUAGUAAGUAACUUGGACAGUACCGAUGAGAAACUCGAUCAGAUUAACCAGGUACUAUUAACUCUCAUGACAAAAGAUGACAUGAUUUCUCACAUGAACAAACUGAGAGAAGAAAUAAGACAAGAAAACGUGGAGAUGAUAGAGAGACUUGAAGGUAAAGUGUUUGACCUUGAGAAUGAUAACGAGAGAUUACGAGAUACAGUGGGACAAUUAGAGAUAAGUGUACAGAAAGCUGAAGAGAGAAUAGUUCAGUUGACACGGCGUGAUAAUGCAUUGGAGCAACAAGGUCGUAAAAAUUCGGUUCGGAUUGUCGGACUAGAGAGUGAUCGCACUGAGACGGCUGAGGCCUGCGUUGAGAAAUGUGCGAAAUUUUUCAGGGAUAACCUCAAAGUGGAUGUGAAAGUUACCGAUAUAGACAUCGCCCAUAGACUUGGACCUCGUUCUACUAUUUGCAAAUUUACGCGUAGAAUGAAAAAGUUUGAAGUGUUGAAGGCCAGGAAAGAACUGAAGGGUAAGAAGAUAUAUAUAUAUUCGAGGACUUAACCCAGGAAAACCAGCAAAUCUUAAAACGCGCGUACGAGCUGGAGUGUGUAGAGAACUCCUGGUCUAUUGAUGGUAAACUCUUUGUUAAACUAAAAAACGGGAAAAAGCGAACUUAGAAUUUCGGAUGACACUAUGUUGACCAGUGUGUACCUGCUUAAUGACGCGAAUUUCGCUAAUUAAUAAGCGUGAGUGGUAAAGACUGAUACACUCAUCAUACGUGAGUACUGCAUGUACACCAGGAACUGAAAUAUAACUUUUUCCCAAUUUUAUUUUUUGUUGUUCGUGACUAUGCAUUUAUCAAAGUUGAUUUUUCUGGCAUGUAGCGUAUUGAUACAUUUGGCAAUUUAAAUACAUUGUAGUUAAUUGAUAUCAUCUUAUUAGUGUGCUUAUAGAUACUUGGUCUACAAAAAAUAGUAAUUUAUUCUCAGCUUAUCAUCAUGUUCCAUAAAACAUUUUAUGUAUUUAUAUUGGUUUGGUGUAUUCUACUUUAUUCUAUGUAAUAUGAAUAACCCUACCAUAAAUGUGUGACAUAAUACAGUUACUGUACAUUUACAUAUAUGUGUACCUUGUAAAUGUUAGUAUAUAUAUCACACCGUACUUACAUGUAUAUGCAUGUAGAUAUAUAUAUAUAGCUACAAGUAGCGCAUGCACGCACGUAUUUUGACAUUGUGAACAUUAUAAUCUUUCUAAUAUACCUGGUACUAGAUCUGUAGAUGGAAAUGUUUAGAGUACAACGUGUAAUAUAAAUUACCUUUUGAUGUGGGUCAUAUAAUACCAGAAAUAUAUAUAUCUAAGAUAAUACAUACAAUGUCAUAA